AUGCUAGGGGUAUCCCACUUCACGCAAGUGAGGGACGGGAUUCGAAGUUCUCUCCUGCGUCAGCGAUCGAAGACUAGAGAUGCCGCCGCGUUUGCCGAGGAAAGUAAAAUAAGGUGGACCGGACACGUGAUGCGCUUUGAUGACAACCGUUGGACCAGAGCCGUGAGCGACUGGGUUCCCCGCGAUAUUAAGCGCACUACAGGAAGACCGCCGACCCGAUGGUCAGAUUUCUUCACGAAGUCCUCCAAGAAAAUAAUGGUGCUCUUCGUGUCCCACGCGAAACGAGGAACCACUGGGCGACUCUGGCACGCGAUCGGAACAAAUGGAAGAAUUACUGGCGCUCGCUCGACAACUUCGAAGAUCAACGGGAGUAAAGGUGAUCAAGGUGAUCCUCAAAUGCUGAUUAAAGCACACAAUACGACAAAAAAAGAAUCAAAUGCAUAG